AUGAAGGCUGCUUCAUUGUACGGGCCCGCGGCGGCUGGUUUAUCCACGAUCGUUGCGAUUUUGCCGACCGUACACGCCUUGACCUUCGACGCGAUCUCGAUCCCCGAAAUCAACCUCGCCUCGUUGGGUCGAGUCACCAUCACCGGCGACUUCGACGGCGUCUCCCUCUACGAAUAUGAAGGACAAUCCCAAAUCACCCAGGGCCAGGGGUCGUCGCUCCUCACACCCCUCCCCAAUGGCAUCCUCACGAGUCUCUCAUCCGCCGACGCUCACAUUCGAGACAUGUGCGCCUUCACGAAACAGGACGGUGCUCUGGCCGGGAUCUUUGUGGGUGGCAAUUUCACCAAGCUUGGCGACGUCGAAUCAACCGGGGCCGCGCUCUUCCAUCCCAACUCCAGCGACGUGACAGCGCUGCCGGGCUUGACGGGUUCCGUCUCGUCGGUGCUCUGCGAUCAAGCCGCCAAUCGCGUUUACGUGGGCGGCGACUUCUCCUACAAGAACACGAGAAAUGCGAUUGCAUGGUCCCCCACCGAUGGCUGGAUGGAGCUUCCCUUUGACGGACUCAAUGGUCCCGUUAAUUCAAUCAUCAAACGGAGCGACGGACAUAUCAUCUUUGGAGGAUCCUUCGACGGUCUCGGCAACAUGACCAGUUCAUCCGACAGUGACCGCCAACAAAUCCUCAAUUUGCAAACCGCGACCGUGACGGCCGACGCAGAGUCUUCCUUGGACGGAUUUAUCGACCCGCGAAACGUCAUCUGCUCCACGAGCGGCGAGGCCGGCCCGGGAAAGACGUGGUUGCUCCACGACUAUGCGCCUGGAUUUUGGCGAGCCGACUUGGGAUUCACGUUCCAGCCCACCAAGCUCCGGUUGUACAACACCCAUCUCGAUGGCCGCGGUACCAAAGAUUUCCUGCUUCGGGCCCUGCCGGACACCGGAAUCAUGAACCUGACCUACACGGACGACUCGGGGAAUGUUGCCCAUUGCGAUGCCUCGUGCCCACUUCCUGAAAACCCCCACAAAAAGUAUCGUGAUUUUACCCUGGUUAACCCCGUGGGAAUGCGGGGCUUUCAGAUUGAAAUUCUGGACUGGUGGGGUCAGGGUGCAGGGCUGAAUGGUAUCGAGGUCUUCCAGGACCAAAUCAAGACCUACGCCGUGGAUGCCUUUAACGAGCCCACCUGUGGCGAAAUCGACUUUCCCUCGAAGUCCACGCACACGGGCUCCUGGACGGUCAAGGAUGCGGGCUAUCUCUCUGCCUCUGUGACGAAUUCCAACGAUACGGACACGUCGGUUGUGCUGUACCCGGAUAUCAAGGAGUCCGGCAACUACACUGUCUUUCUGCACACGCCUGGGUGUGUGCAAGACGGCAGUUGCAACUCGCGCGGGCUGGCUAACGUGACCGUGAGUGUUGCCGAGGACAGUGACGCUCCACAGCCGCUUUCCAUGACGAAGACCCAGACCAACAAUGACAACAAAAUCGAAACGUUGUACUCUGGGUAUGUCGACGCCAGCAGUGAUUCAUUCCGUCCUUCCGUCACACUUCGCCCAAUCCCGGGCCAGGGCGAUCUUACCUUUGUCGCUGGCAGCGUCGAGGUCGUUCUUCUGUCUCCGUCCACCUCUACGGGCGGGUUGAACGGGCUUUAUGAGUAUGACCCUGCAUCCAAGACCACGCCGCCUCUUGACAGCUCCAAUGUGAAUACGGCUGGAAAGUCGCUCGACAAGGGAGCUGUCGUCAUGAGUUUGAUCGAGACCAAUGGUGCCGUCUACGUGGCAGGCAAUUUUAGCACCAAGGAAUUCCACAACAUCAUGUCUAUUUCAGACGGUAACGCAACUGCCCUCUCUGAUGGCGGCUUGAAUUCCGAGGUGUUUGCCAUGGCCACGCUCGACGAGGUCAUGUACGUAGGAGGUCAAUUUACUGACGCAUCAGCCGGAGGCGCCGAGGCGCUCUCAUACGUUGCCUCCUACUCAUUUUCGUCGAAGAAGUGGUCGCCCCUCGGUGCAGGACUGAAUGGCCAGGUCCGCACAAUCUUCCCGAUUCAGCUCAACGUUUCCUCGGACGUCAACGAAACCACUCUCGCAGUGAGUGGUGACUUUGACCAGAUUCGUGCCACCGCUGACCAUCCGGCCGUCUCGGUCGCCGGGUUCGCAAUUUGGUUGCCCUCCAAGAACACCUGGCUUCAAAGUCUUAAUUCCACACAGAUGGAGUUUGCCGGUCAACUUUCCGCCGUGGCAGUGGUGAACGAUACCGCUAUCCUUGCCGGAAAUUUGGCCACGGAUGGUAUUACAGCAUCUGGCGCUGUCUCUCUCCAAAAUCAAAAGGAAUUGAGUUUGCUGCCUCUCCCGGUGAAUGUUGACCACACUGCGACUACGAGUGGGAUCAAUACGGGCGUGUAUGACACGGAAUCUGAUCGGAACUUGACUAUCUUGGGUGGUCAUUUCACCGCAGUCAGCAGUAAUGGCUCUACCAUUCACAAUGUCGCCUUGCUGAAUGGCACUGAAGAGCAGGUUUCUGGACUACCUGCGGGUCUGAACAGCAACUCCACUGUUCACUCCAUGGCUGUUUACAACAACACCCUUUUCAUCGCCGGUCUCCUCACAGGAAACAUUGGAGGUUCUAGCGUCAGCGGCUUGGUCACUUACGACUUGUUGCGCAACUCUUUUAAAGAGGAUCAACCGUGGUCCUUGAAUGGCAAAAAUGCCAGCGUCAGCUCCAUCGCCGUCAGACCGGGAUCAUCAGAGGUCUUCGUCGGCGGUAGUUUUGACUAUGCUGGCUCGCUGCCUUGCACUACAGUCUGUAGUCUCGACUCCUCUGUCAACCAGUGGAGUUGGCCCGGUGCUUCCAUCAGCGGUACCGUUAUGUCACUUGCCUGGGCCAACGCAAACACCCUGUAUGCGGUGGGCGAUAUCGAAAUCGGUAACACCAAGACCGUGGUCGCGACCUUUAGUAAGAAGACCUCAGACUGGACUGUGCUCGCUGGGGCCUCUCCUUCCGACAUUCCGGGCAACGUCACAGCAUUUACUCCUGCGAAUGAGGACCUCUCGAACUUUUGGCUUGCAGGCAGUUCUACCAAUGGCUCGGCAUUUUUGCUGAAAUAUGAAGGGUCAAAGUUCCAAUCUCCGGGAUCGCUGUUCUCGGAGGGUACUAAGAUUCGUGGUUUGGAAGUCCUUCCUCUCAGCCAUGGUCACUCGUCAGCUUCCUUGCUCAACAAUGAUCAGGCUCUGCUGGUGCUGGGUGAGCUUAUCAUCCCCGACUUUGGAAACGCCUCGGCGGCUCUGUACAACGGAACGGCCGUGACGCCCUUCAUCCUCUCAUCCAAGCAGAACGGCGAGCCAGGCAGCAUGUCACGUCUGUUUAUGGAAAACAAUAACCCAUUCACGAACCAAACAUCCCACCAUUCCAACGGCAUCGUUGUCUUGGUCGCCUUCUGCUGUGCCCUUGGCUGUGUUUUCCUCAUUGUCGCCGCCGGUGUCAUUGCCAACAAGAUCCAACGUCGCCGUCAAGGCUACAAUGCCGCCCCUCAAACCUUUGGCACAGACCGUCCAUCCGACAUGCAACGAGUUCCGCCCGAGUACCUGUUCAAUUCUCUGCGUGGCCCCCCUCCAGGUGCACCAGUUCUUUAA